AUGCAGGUUCAUACCAUCCCAGGAGAAGGUAUACAGAAAUACGACCCCAUGACAUUCCUGAAGGGAAAGUACGACGAGGUCAAGAAGGUGCUGAAGCAAGCCAUCAAAGAUCGAGGUGAGCUAAAGUGGUACCUGACCAUCAAAGUAAAGGUGAGCAGGCGGAAAGGUGAGGUGGUGGAAACGGUGGAACCCCAUUUCAGAGGCAAGUGUCAAACGUCUCUUAAAUUUGAAGACCCAGAUGAAGGGAUGAAGGAAUCGAUUAAAAAGAUCUAUACUUCUUUCAUCGAAUUUCAAAGGCAGGGUAGCAACUGGACGGUGGAUAAGGUGGUAGACCUCACCAUUCACAUGGCUCGGUACCGACCCCUUCGAGGCUCGAGUUACACACCCCUCCCCAUCAAAUUGAGAGCUAAGCAUGCCAUCGUCAAUGUUCAGAAUCGGGACCAGAAGUGUUUCAUGUGGUCGGUCCUGGCGGCAUUAUACCCCGUCAAACAACAUGCAGAGCGGGUGGCUAAGUAUGCUCAAUACGUCAAUCAACUUGACACCACUGGCAUUUCUUUCCCCGUUAAACUGGUCGAUAUUCCCCGGUUUGAAAGGCAGAACAAUAUUUCUAUCAACGUGUUCGGUUACGAAAGAGGCGAAGUCUACCCACUCCACGUGACCAAACAACGUUUUGAAAGGCACGUGGACCUGCUGAUGAUCGCCAACAGUAAAAAGUCACAUUUUUGCUGGAUCAAAGACUUGAACCGGCUACUAUUUGAUCAGAAAAGCUAUGGUCAUCGCCAUCAUUAUUGUCCUUACUGUCUACAGGGGUUCACAAAACAGAGAAUUUUGGAUGAUCAUCUUGUUUAUUGUCAAACACAUGGUCCGCAGAAGGUUGACAUGCCCAAAGACGAAGACAAAUGGCUAUAUUACAAGAAUGUAAGGAAACAACUCAAAGUUCCCUACAUCGUCUAUGCUGAUUUCGAAUGCCUCCAAGUGCCUAUUUCAAGAUGUGAAAAAAGCCCAGAGUCAUCCUCCAUUGAGAAAAUGACUAAACACGUCCCUUCUGGGUUUGCCUAUAAAGUGGUUGGCUUGUCACCUGAACAUUGCAAACCACUUGUCACCUAUAGAGGCCUAGGCGCCACCGACAAAUUUGUCGAGUGCAUGGUCAAAGAACAAGAGGAGAUAGAAGAGAAAUUUAAACAGUGUGAGCUAAUGGUGAUGAGGGGACGAGAUUGGCAAUCAUUCAAGACGGCCACGCAGUGUCACAUAUGUAAGGCGCCACUCGGUCCUAAUCCAGUCAGGGACCACUGUCACAUUACUGGAGAGUUUAGGGGUGCAUUCCACAGUGAAUGUAACCUCAACUACAAGUUUACUGGGCGCAUUCCCGUUGUUUUCCAUAACUUGAGAGGCUAUGACAGUCAUCUCAUCAUGCAGGCCAUAGGAAAAAUUCAGAGUAAACCCAUCAGUUGCAUUCCCAACAAUAUGGAAAAGUACAUCUCCUUCAGUCUAGGGUGCAUGGAUUUUAUCGAUUCCUUUCAGUUUAUGAACUUUUCCUUGGAGAAACUCGUAAGCAAUCUGGCCAAGGAAGGACCUUCUAAGUUUGUCCACAUGACUCAACAUUUCGGCGCAGAUCAACUGCCCCUUUUGUUGAGAAAGCAGGUCUACCCAUACGAAUACUUUGAUUCUGAAGCUCGGUUCUUAGAGACCCAACUCCCACCCAAAGAAGCCUUUCGAAGCUCCCUAACUGAUGAAGACAUAAGUGACGAGAACUAUGCUCAUGCCCAAGGAGUAUGGGAGGAAUUUCGCAUCCGAGACCUCGGUCAGUACCACGAUCUGUACGUUUCAACAGAUGUUUUGGCUCUAGCAGACGUUUUUGAAAAUUUCCGGGGUAUCUGUUAUGGACUCGACCCAGCUCAUUUCUACACGUCUCCAGGUCUGGCAUGGCAGGCAGCCCUAAAGAUGACUGGUGUGAAACUCGAACUUCUUACAGACAUCGACAUGCACCUCUUCAUCGAAAAGGGACUUAGGGGUGGAAUCUCCAUGAUAUCCCAUCGUCAUGCCAAAGCUAACAACAACCAGGUCCCAAACCACGACCCUGAUCUUCCCAAUACCUAUAUUGCUUAUCUAGAUGCCAACAACCUUUAUGGGUGGGCCAUGUCACAAGCCCUUCCAGUGUCUGGGUUCCAGUGGCUAGAUGAUCCCCAUAUACCGAGGUACCCGAUGAUGCAUCUGUAG